AUGGCCACCACGCGAUCAAGCCCACGAGAGAGAGAGAGAGAGGAGAGAGAGAGAGAGAUAGAGGCGUGCUGGCGAGCAUCACCGACUCCACUGCCUGAACGAGCCCUACCGUUCCGAGGCCGUUCACCGGGACAAGGUCCACUUCGCCGUCUCCAAUCCGGUCGCGGCAAUCCCGACAAGCUUCAAACAUGGAAGACUUGUCUUGCUGAUCAAAGGAUACACUGCAACUUCAGUUUCCCAUCUGAUUCCAUCACAUCUCCCAUCCACAGCACAGCCCUCCUUAUCCUCCACUCAAGUGGCAUUUGGUGGGUUGGGAGGAACAGGAAUGCAUACUCCGCAUGGUUACGCAAUCAAAAAGCAUUCAUCUCUUUUGAAAGAGAGAAACUACGUGGAGCAGGGUACCACGGAUCCUGGGCUCUUCUUUCAGGCGGAGGACCUGAUCCCGACGCUGUGAAUGUAAGUGCAUCGUGGUCCGGAGGCGAGUUUAACACAAGCGGUGGCGCCACCGCCGCCAAGUCGCCGUCCCCCGCCUCGUCGGGCCCGCCGCACUCGUCGUGGCAGUCGCCUGUUCCCUACCUCUUCUGCGCGCUGGCGGUGAUGUUGGGUCUCAUCGGCUUCGCCUUCCUCAUCCUCGCCUGCUCCUACUGGAAGCUCGCCAGCUACCUCGAAUCUGGCAACGACCGAGGCGGCCUUGACCGCGAAGUGGACGGUCCAGCAAGCGGUGGCGACGCUGCCAAGCCCCCGCCGCUCUGCGAGGAGAGCGUCGUCGUCAUCAUGGCCGGCGACUGCAAGCCCACCUUCCUCGCGACCCCGGUCGCCAGCCGCGCCGCUACCUCCUCGGACGAAGGCGACGACACUCGCGAAGCCGCGACGGAAUGGAAGAACAAAGACAGCACCCAACGCCAAGGCGUCGGAAAUAGUAGUGAGGAGCGAGGCGUAAACCAACAGUAAAAGUCUUCUUUUUGUUCCUUCCUUAGAUUGAUCUGUAAGUAACUUUGGUUCUUCAGAUUCAGAGAUUUUGAGCUGCAAAUGCAAAUUCUUGAGCUGAAUUGAAGGUUUGUCCUUUGAAUUAUUUA